UUAAUACAUAUGAUUACAAUAAUGAUGUAAUUGAAUUGCAAACUAGGCAAACAAGUUGGCUAUUCUAAUAUUUGCUUAUUGGUCUGCUACAAUUGCACUGGAGUUUGUCGACCAUGUUUUCUGACUGCAGGUACACACUUGAAUAUGGGAAUACUGAAAAAACAAUUAAUCAAUUUGUUGAUGUGAACACUUUUGGAAAAUGUAUCUUUCCAUAAUCGUAGUCAUUGUAGCGACUAACUUUAAGAUAUUAGCCGCCUCAGUUAUUUCUGACAAGAUAAUUUUCAUAACGGACUCAUCCUGCCUCUACUUUUUCACUUCUGACGUUCAAGACAUAAUAAAAAGUGCAAACUCUGUAAAGAUUUUAGUUGGUGGCAGUUGCUUGGGAAAAAUGCACACUUUGAAUACCUCAGACGAAUGGAUCGGUGUCAAUCACAUUGCUAAAUUUGGAACUCACUCUUUUACCCACAUUUUCUACAGGGCUUCUGACUCCUCAAUUGAGUCUUGGAUUGAUAUCUACUCUAAACUUCAGUUGUCUCAAUUUUCCAAAGAUUUUUUCAAUUUCUCACAGUCCUACUACCGCAAAUACGAUGACUAUAAUUCAUCCACGUUCAAGACUGAUCGAUUACGAUCGUUACUUGUAAAAGAUAAAUUUAUAUUUAUUGAAACCAGUGCUUCAUCAAAAGCGAAAAUCACGCAUAUUAUUCACGACUCUAUUACGUUACAAAAUCUUCCAGAGUAUAUGCAAUCCACAAUCAACAGCUCAAAGUCAGAUGGAGAACCCCAAACCGAGUGGGGUUACCCUACCGUUCUCUACUCUACUCUGGCAGGAUGGGGUUCUCGAUGUAAAUUCUCAAAUAUUUACGACCAGCUUUCUAAUCUCACCCUCAGAUUUAAUGCAAAUGACAUGCUCUUUUGUGAGGUGUUUCUUCACUUUAAUUUAACUCAUCAAACCUCGUAUCACUUUUCCGCGUAUCGAUGGGCCAGACUUUUUACUCUUAGAGAUGAUCUGUUGUCAGCAUUUAUUCCAGAUUCUAACGCCGUCUUCUACUCCUCCCCAGGCAUCACCUUUGUUGUCAUGAAAGAAGCUCCGCUUGUCUGGGGAAAUAUCUUCCAACCGUUCAGCCCCAUUGUGUGGGCAUUUUUGGGCGUUUGUGGAAUUUUGAGUGGACUUUUCACCUACUGUAUCACAGGAAAUGCUUCUUACAAAAUUCUUUCCCUCGCCAAGACGGAAAAGUUGUCUCAACAGAUCUGGAUGCCUAUUCAAGAAUAUGUUUUGCUGGUUUUGAGAUCUGCGUACGGUGGGAUGAUACUCGUCGGCCUCCUGGUCCCUCUUUAUCCCUGGACCCCAAAGACAUUCAGUGAACUUAACCAAACAAACAAUUUUAUAGCCGCAACGGCCUACAGUGAAGCCGUACAACCGGAACACCUCCGCGAUACAAAGGUUUUAAAUGGGAUAAAAAAGUGGCGAGAUCGGGAGGUAGAAGGACCUGCGAAAUCUACGCCUUCCUCAUACUUGGAAGACGAUGCAAAUGACACGGCCCACAGAUACGCCUUAUUUAUGUAUGACGAUAGAAAGCUUUUUUUCACCUACGGUCGGAGCCAACUUUCUACAACAGCAAAAUAUCUCCACAGAAUGGAAACAAAUACGGAGAGUGUUCUCCGAGAAAUGAGAUAUAUUUCCGUUGCAAUCGGGUCAAAACUGCAAUUUGUGGUGGAUGCGAUUCGUAGAAAUUUUGAGGCCGGGACGUGGAUACGAUGGUGGAAUCUUGAGAAAAACUAUUACAAGUAUGUCGCUCCGAAAUUAGUGAAUAAAUAUUUGGAAAAAAGUUUGCCCGAAGAACGAAUUGACUUUACGGAAAGAUCGCUCAAAGUCGCCGAUGUGGGGACAAUCCUUGUCAUUUGGUCAGUUGGAAUUGCAAUGGCACUUUUGCAUUUCUUUUUUGAACAAUUUUAUUGUUGCAGAUAUUUUGUGUACUAUUUUACAAUAAGAACAAAAUAAAACUUAUGGUGGUGAUUAGCAAUACAAAUUAAAGCAAUCGCAAACACAGGGAUUACACUUCCAGCAUCGAUAAGAUUGAGAAAAACAUUGUGCUGAACAUUGUGCAGGGGUAAAUCCACCGCAAUAAGUGCAGCUACGAAGUAUUUUGGUGUCGUUAUUGAUAGCAUUAUUUUGAUAACUAAGAAUAUCUGUAGUGUCCAGUUGAUUAUCGAAAUCAGGGUUUAUGGUCUCUUCCAACGGAAGUAAAUCUGCCAUUAAAGCGAGUCCCAACUUUUAAAAAUAAGAAAUUUUAUUUUAAUCUUUACAUAAGAGAAAAAUUUAAGCGUUUCAACUUACAAUGAACGUCAAGCCGACUGAGAGAUACAUGUCGAUGUGAAUAUUUAAUACAACUAAAGUGUAUAAUUUUAUGUUCUAAUGGUUUUCUCCGUGAUUUAUCACUUCCGGAUUAAUUUUGACAAAAUAUUUGUUCACAUUCAUGCUGUUACACAGUUCCAUAAACUAAAUGUAAUGAAUAAUUUAUACAUUAUUGAUAAAAAAUACACGCACAUGUGCUGUGCUAAAAUUUGACAAGAUGCUAAUCGUUGUGAAAUUUGUCUCAAUGUCACACAAUAACAAGAACAACUGGUCUGAAUAAAAUUGUAUACUGUAACUUAUUAAA